GAAGCAAUAGGGAACUACUUCCUUGUUACCCCACAAUCCAAACAUUAUUCGUGUGCAAUGGGUGAGUCUGCAUCCUCGGGAGAAAAUUUUCAGAUCUAACAGUCGGUGCACAUUUUUGGGAUUCUCCGGGAAAGGCGCUUGUUCCAGUAUGCUUCAGCUCAAUGACGCAAUGGAUCCGGAGAGUCCAGGCGCUGCGGUCCUCCACCCUGCAGAAACCGAGGAGGGGGUCGAGGUUGCCUUCACGCCGCCGGAGGCCGGACGAAGCCUCGGACACGCAGCCUCCGUGGCCUGCUGUCCCCCGUUACAAACGCUGACGCCCUUUCAUGUGCAUAACCCCACCAUGCAAGCGAAAGUGAAGGACUACUUCGUGUUCAGACCAGGUACCAUUGAGCAGGCUGUGAGCGACAUCAGGACUGUGGCACUUCCGUCCGAGGAUGGAGAGGUGCUCAGUGUCUGGCUGCUCGCUGAAAUUGAUCACUGGAACAACGAAAGGGAGAGACUUGUGCUGAUAACUGACAGGUCCCUGUUGGUGUGCAAGUAUGACUUCAUUAAUCUGUUGUGUCAGCAAGUUAUCAGGAUUUCUCUCAAUGCCGUAGACACCAUCUCGGUGGGCGAGUUUGAGUUCCCACCCAAAUCCCUCAACAAAAGAGAAGGUUAUGGGAUUCGUGUCCAGUGGGACAAACGUCCUCGGGCUUCAUUCUUUAACCGCUGGAACCCCUGGUCCACAGACAUGCCCUACGCCACGUUCACAGAGCAUCCCAUGGCCCACGCUGAUGAGAAGGUGGCCUCUCUCUGCCAGUUGGACAACUUCAAAAUCCAGCUCGUUCAGGCAGUGAAGAGAGCCCACAAGGAGUACCCCAUCCCUGGUCGAGCCAAUGGUGUCCUGAUCCUGGAAAGACCCCUGCUUAUUGAAACAUAUCUAGGCAUAAUGUCCUUCAUCAACAAUGAGGCUAAGCUGGGCUACUCCAUGACACGUGGCAAGAUUGGCUUCUAAAUUGAGCAGUUUCUCCAAAUUACAACAGUUCAACUCAUGUGUCUGUGUUAAACUGCACUGUCUGAGGGAAGCUACAGUGUAAUGUGUAACAUGUCUGUGCGUGUAUGCCGAGUCCGAGAGAUGCCCACACAACUUCCUAAGUGGGUGUAACAGUCAGACAGCUGUAGGUAAAUGAUGCACAGCACUGCAACUGUCUACUCUUUCUUUGGUUUUUUUUUUGCACCCAUAGUUGUCCUUUUUUUGUCACAGUUCCACACAGGUGUGCCACCCACACAGGCCACCAAGAGUGUGUGGCCAUGUGAUAAAAGUUGGAGAUAAAAGGCACAGUACGUACUUUAAAUUGAGCUUCUUGAAGUCUCAUGUUUCUAGUUUAAUGACUAAAUGACAGGCUGUCAGAAUGAAUGUGAUAUUUAGAACAGUGACAUCCUAUCAUCAGCCAAGAUGAGUUCAAUACUUGCUACAUGAUAAAGUUUGAAUAGUUUGCAUUAUUCGGACCGUAGAGCCACAGAGUAGUUUCUUGGAAUGGAAAAGCUGCUGAUGGACUGAGUUUGACUGUCACAUCACGAUUAUUCUAAUCAAUUUGUAUAGAGAUGGGGAUAAUAGAUAGGAGAGCACAGUACCUGCACUGCGGUGCACUUGUAUCAGCUUUUUCAGAAUGCACGGGCUUGUUCAAUAGUGAUGAACUACAUAUCAAGAUCUUCCAUCUUGUAUUUGGUCCUUGUUUUAUUUUCCAUGCUUUAUACCUAAAUGAUGUCUUUGCUCAGAGCGGGGAGCUACUGUACUAUUUGCAGAGCUGCAUUAGCUACAAUAACAAAAAAAAAAUGUUCUUUUUAUGUCAGAAAUAAUAUGUGAACAUGUAAAUCAUGUCUGUUUUGAGUUUCCAUUCUGGUGCUGCAUCUUGCAUUUGUUUUAGACAUACAUUUACAUUCAGCUGCAUUGAACUGUGCUGAUGGAUGGGUUGGGUUACAAAGUGGCAGACAUGCAGAUAAAGCUUUGCAUAAGUACAUUAACUUCUUAGAAUAUGUGUGUGUGUGUUGUGAAUAUUAUUGUCCAGCCAAAGGUUACAGACCAUACUUCCAUGCAUCAUCAACGCCAACAGAAAACAUCUAAAAAUGCCUUUUUCUGGUCUUAUUUGUGUGUGCUCUGUGCAUGUUCAGUUUGCAUGACAGAUGUUUUUUGUUUUGUUUUUUUUUUGCUAAAGAAAUAUCCUAAGUGAAUCUGUAAAUACUGAUUGUUUUAUUUAUACACAUUUUUUAAUGCACUUAACUCUAAAUGUUUCAAUAUGUCAUUUACAGUUCUUAAGGAUUUUAUUUAGGGAUAAUAACUCAUUAUUACAAAUGUGAAGGUUUA